AUGGAAAGAGCCAUGGCCAACGUUGACCUAGGACCUUAUCGACGAAUCGUGCAAAUGUUCUGGGACCCUGAGCCUACCAACGAUGUCGCCCACGAUCAACCAGUCUGGUGUUUAGGACGCUCCUAUCGGAUCAGCGAUAAGAAGAGCCCCAAAGACGAUGACCACGAGCCACAAACUCCUCCAUCGGCGCCAAAGGUGGAAGCUGACGCUGAAGUGGAAGCCGAAGCUCAAGCUCAACAAGGUCCCGAGAUAGCUCGACCGCCCAACCCACCAACAAAUGCACCCGCCACGCCUCCAGACUCGACAUCGAGCAGCUUCUCAUCAUCACUAGCAUACGAUGACCCGGCAAACGAUGGAGGAUGGCCAUACGGCUUUAUAAACGACUUCGAAUCCAAGAUAUGGAUGACGUACCGAUCCGAGUUCGAGCCCAUACCCCGAUCAACGAACCCACAAGCUGCAUCUGCAUUGUCGUUAUCCAUGAGACUUAAAUCCCAACUUGGAGACCAGAGUCCGUUUUCUUCGGAUAGUGGAUGGGGAUGUAUGAUACGAUCAGGACAAAGUUUACUUGCAAACGCCAUAGCCAUGGUUCGCUUAGGCAGAGAUUGGCGCAGGGGAGAAUCAAUAGAAGAAGAAUGUCGUAUACUCAAAGACUUCGCAGACGACCCGAGAGCCCCCUACUCUAUCCAUAGCUUCGUUCGGCAUGGCGCCAGCGCUUGUGGUAAAUAUCCUGGCGAGUGGUUCGGGCCCUCAGCGACCGCCCGCUGUAUACAGGCAUUGACCAACUCCCAUGAAUCCUCAAUCAGAGUCUACUCCACGGGUGAAGGACCUGAUGUUUACGAGGACGAAUUUAUGAAGAUUGCGAAACCGUCAGGCGAAGAUUUCCACCCCACGCUUGUCGGUCGUCCAUCUUCGUCCCACUACUUCAUCGGCGCGCAAGGAUCUUUCCUCUUCUAUCUUGACCCUCACCAUACACGGCCAGCUCUGCCAUACCACGAAGAUCCCGCUGAAUAUACAAGCGAAGAGAUCGAUUCAUGCCACACCCCUCGGCUGCGUCGCAUCCAUGUCCGUGAGAUGGACCCAAGCAUGCUGAUAGGGUUCCUGAUCCAGAAUGAAGGUGACUGGCAGGAGUUGAAGCGAAGAGUUAAGCAUGUGCAAGGCAAGUCAAUCAUACACAUAGCCGAGCGAAACGCAGUUCUCGGAGGCUCAAGCGAGGGCCGGGAAAGCGCCAUUGAUGAAGUUGAAACGUUGAGCGAUGAUGAUGAUGCGGAUACCAUUCAUGAGGCAUAG